AAGCAGAUAGAUCGCGAAGGGCGACAAGAGGCGCGCGACGAACUUUGUCCGUGAAGGCGGCCGAUCUCGCGACGAGAGCCGAAGGAUCGCAAAAGGUAGAAGGGAUGCGGUACCAAUAUGGCGGCUCGGUUAAAAGCAAUCCACCGGUGUAACCGCUGUCAGUCCGCAACUUGGCACGGCGGCAGCGCGUUCGUUCGUACGAAUAUAAUCGGUGUCGCAUAAACGCGAGCGCAACUCCAUCCCUUUCUUUUUCUCUUGUUUCUUCAUCUUUUUAUUAUCCCUUCUCUCUUUCUCUCUCUCUCUCUCUCUCUCUCUCUCUCUCUCUCUCUCUCUUUCUCUCUUCUAUUUAAUCACCAUCUUUCCUUUCAAGUCCGCUCGGUCUCGUUCUCGAUCAGAUUCGAUUUAUCCUAGUUUAUCGCUGGGUAGAUUUCGCAAGAUCAUCGAGAGGAAAGAACGACAGAGGACUUGGUGGAAAGUAUCGCGUCUCUGUGACCGAUCUAUAGAUCGUCGCGAAUCGUCGACCCGUCGUGCCUCAUCAACGGUCCUCGUUCGGCCAAUCGAGCAGUUCGCGCGAGCAAAAUUGGAGGAAAACCUGGCACUGGACGAGGUUCACGAACCGAACAGAAGAUUCGAGGAAUUUCCGAGCGCAGCAGUGUCACGAGGUAGAAGAGCAAGUGUGUGUUCGAUUGUUCGGGAGAAGACGAUUACGUGAGAUAACCGCUGGUCCUGUCGUCGCUCGAUCGUCCGGAACUCACGGAUCUUAUCGUGAAAAUCUGUGCCCUUGAUUCCAACCGCAGAAGGAUAUCUCGCAAAGGUUCCCUCGACAAGAAGCAAGAAAAAUGUCGAUUGUAAUGCAGUACGUGGACCGGCUCCACGAGAUACUUGACAAAAAUGCAGAUCAGAGGACAACGAACUGGUUUAUGAUGAGUUCGCCGUUCCCCACUCUGUUCAUCUGCUUGAGCUACGUAUACGCAGUAAAGGUUCUGGGGCCAAAGGUGAUGGAGAAUAGGAAGCCCUUUCAACUGAAGAACGCCCUGAUAGCCUAUAAUUUAUUCCAAAUGAUGUUCUCCGCGUGGCUGUUCUACGAGAGUCUGAUGGGCGGAUGGUGGGGCCAGUAUAGUUUCCGUUGCCAGCCAGUGGACUAUAGCAACAACCCAACCGCGUUAAGGAUAGGAAUGUCCGGAUGGCUGACUGGCGACUAUUCUCUAAGGUGCCAACCCGUAGACUACAGUGAUCGACCCCAAGUACUAAGGAUGGUGCACGCUUGUUGGUGGUAUUACUUCUCCAAAUUUACGGAAUUUAUGGACACGAUCUUCUUCGUAUUAAGGAAGAAGAACGAUCACGUGUCGACAUUGCACGUUAUUCACCAUGGUUGCAUGCCGAUGUCGGUGUGGUUUGGUGUUAAAUUCACACCUGGCGGUCAUUCUACCUUCUUUGGACUCCUAAACACGUUCGUCCACAUAGUAAUGUACACGUACUACUUGCUAGCCGCGCUGGGUCCCAGAUUCCAACCGUAUCUCUGGUGGAAAAAGUAUUUAACCGUCUUCCAAAUGAUUCAGUUCGUCGCGGUGAUGAUCCACGCGUUCCAAUUACUCUUCAUCAACUGCAAUUACCCGAAGGCGUUCGUUUGGUGGAUCGGUCUGCACGCGACCAUGUUCUUCUUCCUGUUCAACGAAUUCUAUCAGCAAAGCUACCAACAGAAGAGGAGGCCAGUUGCAAACGGAGUGAAAAAGGAUCAUCAGCAGAAUCAUCAAGCGAACGGCGUGACGAACGGGGCAAUCGGCAAUCCGUCCGGAAGAAGAGACGCAGCCGAUUAUUAUGUGAAAGGCGACAGCUUAGCUGCGUCGGAGCUGAAUCUUCGAAAAUCGUAUACGACGACCGAGUGACCCGACCGUGCUACGUCGUAGCCAUCAUCAAUUCGUCUCGUCUUUUCCCAUCGAUUCCUCGAGUCGCAUCCGGGCUUCGCUCCUUCAUCCUUCCAGUUCGAUGAUCCUUCGAGAUCCAAUGGAGAAAACAUUGAGUACAAAAUUACUCUGUAUUGCGAUCGCGUUAGCGUGUAUUCGUGAAAGGAGAUAGAAAGUGAGAGGAAAAGAGUGAUACGAAGUAACGUACAGAGGUACUCCCGGAUGUGUUGCGACUCAAUGUCAUGGAUCCCUGGCCUCGCGAUUCAGGUAUUCGUGAUCCUUCUUCGGUUCGCUGUACGUACAUCUGCCACGUCCGACAAGGUAACCUGUCAUCGAAUCAUCUCCCCUCUCCUUCCUCUGGACGGAUAUGGUACGCGAGAAAGCAAGAAACUGUUGUGCCGUCGUUGAUCCAAUUGUAUUUUGCGUGGACGUUGAAUGCCAAACUGUUUGCAUCGGUGUUGCGAUAAGAUCGUGGUGGAACCGGUAUAUAGGAAAAAUUACGUAAAAAGUUUAAUGUAUAAUUUGCAUCGUCAUUAUUGCAUUACCACCCAUGAUAAUUCGUAGCCGUAUUACGAUACACAACGAGGUAAUCGAGGAAUAAUUAUUUUUUAUUGAACAUGGUGAAAUUGCAGAGUUUCCGCAACGCGCCUUUUAAAUCCGUAGGUAAAAACAACUCUCACCUGCUUAGCAUGUGUGAAACUGCCCGAUUUGAUUUUCCAAUUUUGUUAUUAGAAUAAGCAUUGUUAAAAGCUAUUUUCCGAUUUACAUCAUUUUCAAACACGCCAAAACGAUAGCAACCCACAAAAUGUUUUUACACUCAUCGGUUUACGCGCGGUUCUAAGAUUAUAUAAAAACAAGGAAUUAUAUAAGAGAGUUAACGGUGAGUCUUGGAUUAAAUUAUGUAACAAUGCCAUCGACCGUUAUUUUAUUAUGUAAUUCGAGAAGAUCUCCUUUGCAUUUUAGUAGGAUCCCUCGGGUGUUAGAAAAUUCAUGCUUUAUUACUUAUUCCAGAACUCGUGACCUUAAUUGAGCCGAUCUAUGGAACACAAUCUACGCACUUUCAUACCAAGUUUCACGGUUACAUAAACGCUGCGGAAACUGGGCUUAAAUUCACGCCUGUAUACAAGGUGACACACCUAACGUUGCAACCUAAAAUUUCUCUAUUAAUCUUAAUGAUACAAAAGUAAAUGAUUAAAGAAACAAGCAUUUGAUACGAAAGGAUUAGUAUCGCGAUAAAGAGAAUUCUCAAUACCAUAGUCAGGCAUUUUCUACCCGAGACACUUUCUCGUAUUACUAAAGAUAAAAGAGAAAUUUUAUAUUCUAACGUUAGGUGAUUCAGCCAAUAUAGAAUUAGCAAAAAUUGCGUGAAAACAAUUACAGGAAUUCAACAUGGAAGGGCAAUUGAUGCAACGUAAAUUUUUACGAAUGUUCACCGAUCGCUUUUCUUGAUCGUUAUGAUUUAAAAUCCAUUUUUAUAAUUCGUUAUUGCGUAGUAAUAUGUUUGGAAACAUAUUAAUACACUUUUAAAUAUUUAUGAUUCUUCUCGAAUCUUUCCUUUCCGUGCGUAAAGCGUAUCUCCAUCAUAGACCGAUGCAUAAGAAUUACUUUCCGUUGAAGCAUAAGUCGCUGGCAUGCAUAUUCGAUUUUGAGAGGUACUUUAUCUGCGCGGCAGCCGUACACACAGUGUACCAUAUUCAGCAUUGUACAUAAAAUACUUCAUCUACUCGAUAUGUUCGACUCAAAAGCCAUUCAGCUGGAACUGUAAAGAGAAAAGAAAACACGCGAAGAAAUUGAAAAGAUGUAUAAAACUAAUGGUUUAAACUGUAAGAUCGAUUACUAAUCAACGAUGAGGACGAUUUAACGAUUUAAUCGAGAGUAUAUAACCGAUGUUGUAUAUUUAAGAUUUUUCACUGAUUGGCUUUUAUGCCGACUAUAUUAUAAGUAUCGCGAAGCCGCGCAAAGCUAAGGAAACUCACUUUUUCGAUUACCGAACGUUUAAUCCUCGAAGGGACAAGAGAGCAACGUCAUCCGUGCCUUGCGAGCAAACUGAUGUGCCUUAAUAUCUAGAAUGUUCUGAUAAUUACACGCAACGAUCAUUCGAAGCUCAACAAUGCGCGCCAUGAUCUAUCGGCGAAAAUCCAUUAACGAAUGCUAGGGAUCGCGUUUCAUUCUGUAACACGGUCACUAAUGUUAAAGCUGUGAUUACCAAAAUAUUUCGUCGUAUCACUUGUGAUCUAGACAUUAAGGUUUCAAUUCAGAACGUGUCGUCAAACGAACCGAAUUAAUCAAGGGAUUUUUUAUCGUUUUAUACGUAAAUCGCGAAAUUAUGUAGGUUUAAAUUGUUGAUCAAAUUUUCCAACAUCAUUGUUGUUGAAGUUAUUGUUAGAACUAAGAAAAUCUACGAAUGUUUAUAUUUUCUAGCAUAAAAAUCAAGUUCCCGAA